GGAAACGAGUGCCCGUUUCCAGGCGGCCAAUUCGAGGACUUGUUUUGUCACAAGCUGGUGUUCUGGGAGCUGUAGCAGGUCGAGCCAUGCCGUCGGAGGGUCGCUGCUGGGAGACCCUGGAGGCGCUGCGCAAUUCCGAUAAAGGUCGCCUCUCUUACCACCGCGACUUGCUACUGCCUGACGAGGAUGUUUGUAUGUCUGUUCCCGAGCUAUCUCCUUACUUCGGAUGGGUGGUAGACCAUGUCCUACCCCGUACACAAAAGAACCCAUCUCCCUCUGAGACGCCAUCAUCCCCUAGAUCUGCUUCAGCCCUAGACCAACCUUCAUUUAUUCCCCCAUCUCCCGUCGGAAGCAUUGCCUCCUCACCAGCCUCCCCAACAACACCAGAUGGAACCAAGGACAAACCUGAGUCCCAGCAUGCAGAGCCUAUGGUACUUCAGUCCUCCAGGGGCAUCACAGUGGAAGGCUGCAUCCGAAUGUAUGAGCUGGUGCACAGAAUGAAAGGAACAGAGGGCUGGAGGCAGUGGCAGGAGGAGCAGGAGAAAAAGGUUCUAGCCCUGUCUGAGAUGGCAUCUGAACAACUGAAGCGGUUUGAUGAACGGAAGGAACUGAAGCAUCAUAAAGAAUUCCAGGACUUACAGGAAGUGAUGGAGAAGAGUUCCAGAGAAGCCCUGGGGCACCAAGAGAAGCUAAAAGCUGAGCAUCGUCACAGAGCCAAGAUUCUCAACCUGAAGCUGCGGGAGGCAGAGCAGCAGCGCCAGAAGCAGGAGGAGCUGGAGCGGCUCCGGAAGGAGGAGGGCCAGGUCCGCCUGCGCGGCCUCUACGCCCUGCAAGAGGAGAUGCUGCACCUCAACCAGCAGCUGGACGCCUCGGACCAGCCCAGACACCUGCUCAAGGUGGACCUGUCUGCCUUCCGGACCCGGGGCAACCAGCUGUGCGGCCUCAUCUCGGGCAUCAUUCGGGCCACUUCUGAGAACGGCUUGCCCUCCGCAGAGGACCACGCUGCUGCCGAGAGAGCCCUGCAGGAAAUGCGGGACCUUCUUGGGAACUUGCAGCAGGAGGUCGCCAGGGCCUCUGAAGACAAGAGGAGGCAGGAUGAAAAGGAGGCCCAGGUAAAGCGGCAGGAGUCACAGAGGCAGCAGGGGCCAGAGGUCCACAAAGAGUCCCCCGCUCCCAGCCAGGGCCCAGGAGGGAAACAGAAGGAAGACCUCCAGGUGAAGGUCCAAGACAGUACGAUGCAGAGGUACCAGCAGCUACAGGAGACCUCCAACCAGUGUGUGCUGGCCUUUGGGGGACUGACCAGCAGCAAAGACAGUCAGGUCAAAAAGAUAAAGAUGGACCUGCAGAAGGCGGCCACUAUCCCAGUGAGCCAGAUCUCCACCAUUGCAGGUUGGUCGGAGGAGCUAAGAACAUGGCCCUUCACUUCAUUUUACUAUCUUCUUAAGACUCCAGGUCUACUUAUCUGUAAGGGUCCUACAAAUACAAUAGUAUGUUCGAACAAGCAUUGACAGGUGGAUCAGGUGUGUAUAGGUUAUAUGCAUCCUGUUUUACUUCCUUUGUUUCCUCUUCAACACAUAGAAGGUAAUUAUGUAUGUUGACUUUUUUUUUUUUUAAGAUAAGCUGUUUAUUAAUAGUAAAUUAUUUAGGGUGGUUCUUACCCUAAAUUCACAGUUAAUGCGGAAAACAUCACUGAGGGAACCCAGGAUGUGACUUCUAUUUGCUUUUGUUCUAUAUUAGCUUUUCCAGACUCAACAGCCUGCUUUUUCUCUCCAGAGACUGAGAUUUAGAGAGUAGGAACCGGAUGGGAAAGACCCUUCUUCCUCUUCUUUAG